AACCGAAAAUUGUGGAAAAAUCUGGUUUUUAAAGGAAAAUCAUGCAAAACGUGUCCGUAGUGCACGGAAAAUAAGUGUCCCACCCCUGACCAUGAAUCCCGUCCCGUCGACCAGUUCCGGCGCGAAGCGUCUCAGCUUGAGCGUGACCAACGAAAACGAAAGUGAAUCCGCGCCAAACUCGCGAUCCGCGUCGCCUCAGCUCCCGCAUAAGGCGCCUAAGAAGGUGUCCUUUUCGGACGAACUGCCCCAGGAAUCGGCGGGGAUGUCCCAGAGUUCCGCCACCGAAGGUGGUCCUUCCGCGCCCUUGACCCCGAAAAGUGAAAGUGUCAAACUGUCCCACUUUGACGUGAACCCGUUUGUGUUUAUGCAGCAGAAGAACGAUUCCUAUCUGAACAACAUGCACCAGAUGGACGAAGCCCGGGCGGAACCUGCUCCGCCGUUGUCCACGACGGACGUGUUCCCGAACCAGCGCCGAGCGUCGACCCCGUCGACCUCGUCGGCCGAUGAAAGUGUGACGCCACCUAUCGGUGGUGACCUUGGCGUCAAGGUCACCCCGCAGCCUGCUUCGAUCUUGAAGCCCAGUGACCCGGCCACCUUCGAUCCGAUUUCCGCCGGACUAGUGAACGACCUGCGGGCCCAAAAUGACCUGGUGAAUGCGGCCCUCGGAGCUACCCCAAAGGGCGGUUCUCCGACGAAGAAGCAAAACCUGGCCGACAGUGACAAGAUCGAGAAGAACGGAACGGUUCCGGUCAGUGCGAUGGAGCUGGAAGUGCGCCGGGACAAGCGCCGUUGGCUGCUGAUCUCCGAGCUGAGUGCGGUCUUCGGCGAGGACAAGCACACCGUGGACGGGUUCAAGCGGGUCUUCCGAGAACAGACCUUCCUGCAGAACCUGUUCCGGUUGUUCGACAUGGACAACGAAAACUGCAUCGAGCAGGACAAGUGGAUCGAGCAUCUCAAAGGGAGAUUGACUGAAGAAAAACAGAUGGACUUUGCCGAACAGCUGGAGUCGGUCGCGUACGUGCUCUGCGGCGAGGGAACGGUAACCUACGAAAAGUUCUGCCAAAUAUGGCACGCCAAAGGGAUCUUGGACAAACUGUACCGGCUGAUCGACGCCGACUCGACCAACCUGCUGUCGACCAAUCAAAUUAUGGAGUUCAUCUCGAACCUCACCAACGCAAGACCCCGCACCGGCUUCGACAAGUCCUCGCUGGAGCGGCUCGAGCAGCUCUUCAUCAAAACCGUGGGCAACGAGAAGGAGAUCCGCCGCGAGGAGUUCAAAAAGAUUGUCACGUCUAAGAACCCCUUCUUCACGGAGCGUGUCUUUCAGAUCUUCGAUAAGGACAACUCCGGGUCCAUUUCGUUACAGGAGUUUAUCGAUGCCAUUCAUCAGUUUGCGGGCCAAUCUCCGGAGGAUAAAAUUAAAUUUUUAUUCAAAGUGUAUGAUUUAGAUGGGGACGGACUGAUACAGCACCGGGAGCUGCAGCACGUGAUGCGAGCCUGCAUGGAGGAGAACGGCAUGCGGUUCUCCGAGGAUCAGAUCGAAGAUCUGACCAUGGCCAUGUUUGAGGACGCCGACAAGUUCAACCGGGGCGCGAUCACCUACGAGGCGCUCAAAAGUCAGCUGGAAAAGCACGGCGGCCUGCUGGAGAAUCUUAGCAUAAGCAUCGACCGGUGGCUGGUGCCGCUGCCCCAGGAGAACGUGGUCCGGAAGAAACAGAAGAAGAAACCGCUGCCCCACCAGCUGACGGCGCCGUACAUCAAGAACAACUACGUGUACCUGUCAUUUCUGGCCGUGUUUACGCUGAUCAACGUGGGCCUGUUUAUCUCGCGUGCGAUUCAGUAUCGCAAGAGCAACGGAUUCGUUAUUUUGGCGCGAGCGUGCGGACAAUGUCUCAACUUUAACUGUGCCUUCAUCCUGGUGCUCAUGCUGCGCCAGUGUAUCACGUUUCUCCGGACGCGGGGCUUCACCGCCGUCCUGCCGCUGGACCAGCACAUCUACCUGCACAAGCUGACCGGGGUGGCGGUGGCCGCCUACAGUCUGCUCCACACCAUCAUGCAUCUGUUCAACUUCACCACGAUCGUCGUCAACGAUCCGGUCAUCAACGCGAACAACUACACCACGGCCGAGUGGUUGUUCACGGCCCGACCUGGUCUCUUUGGGCUCGUCGGAGGCUGCGCAAACCCAACCGGAAUCGCCCUGUUCGUGAUCCUGCUGGUGAUGUUCAUCUGCUCGCAGCCGUUCGUGCGCCGAGGAGGCAGCUUCGAAGUGUUCUACUGGACGCAUCUGCUGUACAUCCCGUUCUGGAUUCUGGUAAUCUUCCACGGACCGAACUUCUGGAAGUGGUUCAUCGUGCCGGGUACCAUCUUCCUCGUGGAGCGUACCGUAAGAUUAGUUUGGAUGCGUACAGAGCAUGGCAAGACGUACAUCUCGUCCGGGCUGCUGCUCCCGUCCAAGGUUACCCACCUGGUCAUCAAGCGGCCGCUGCACUUUUGCUUCCGUCCUGGGGACUACGUCUUCGUCAACAUUCCCGCCAUUGCCCAGUACGAGUGGCAUCCGUUUACGCUGAGUAGCGCCCCCGAACAGGAGGACUACAUCUGGCUGCACAUCCGAGGCGUCGGCGAAUGGACCAACCGCCUCCACGGCUUCUUCGAGAAGGAACAGGAACGACUGCACAACGGCGAGAUCCCCGCAGUCAUCGCGGGCUGCUCCACUUCACCCUGCUCUUCGUCCUCACCGACCACCGAAGUGGUACAGGAAAAGCCCAAGGAACUCCCGCUCAAGUUCAACACCGGAAUCAUCAAAACCGUCGAAUCCCCCCUAGCGAAAACCCCCGACAACACCUUCGACAAACCGCUCAUCAACAAACGACUACCCCCGGGAACCUCCAAACUGGCCAUGGAGAGCUACACGGCACCACAACCGCACUCUCCGCCCAAGUUCGACCGCCAGCUCUCGGAAAACAAAGCCAUAAAGAAGAUCCAAGCAACCCUGCAGCGGACCUUCUCCCGGAAAGACGCGCUCCGCAGCAAUGGUGGAGUCUCGAACGAGGCCUUCACCGGGGACGAUGGCCUGGAGGAAGGACCCAAACGGAAGGUCACUCCGGAACACAACUUGGCCCACAAGCUGCUGCUGCAGAAGGUACCGCUGGAGAAGUCGCUCUCGAUGCCGGACAUGCAGAACAAGGUCAAAAAGCGCGAGCGGAUGAUGGUCCUCCGCGAGUACAUGCGCUCCGAAUCCGAGCGCUCCUUCGACGAAGUUCAGAUCCGCAAGGCACGUCUUCAGUCGCUCGGCCUAGCCUACCUCAGUCCGCAGAACAAAUCGCUCGCCCAGAGCUUCCGCUACAUGCGCAACAAGCCCACGAUCAUCGCGUUCAAAACGCCCAGCCUCGAAAACUGCGAACCGCGCGACUCGACCAACUCGAUGGUCGUCUCGCCCGGCGUCUUCACCGCCAAGGAAGCCGAAGAGGGCAAGAUCCUUCCGCGCACCGUCUCCCCGCACCACAAACCGGGCGCCACCGACGAGGACAAGCUGCAGCGACCGGUCAACUACCCGGUCGGCAAACCGCUCGAGAUCUACAUCGACGGACCGUACGGCGCACCCUCGAGUCACAUCUUCCAGGCGCAGCACGCCAUUCUGAUCGCCACCGGCAUCGGCGUCACACCGUUCGCCUCGAUCCUCCAGUCGAUCAUGCACCGGUACUGGAAGGCCCGCCACUGCUGCCCGCGCUGUAACUUUGAGUGGUCCAGCGAAAUUCCGCCCACGAUCAUGAACCUGCGCAAGGUGGACUUUUUCUGGAUCAACCGGGACCAGCAGUCGUUCGAGUGGUUCGUGAAUCUGCUCUCGCAGCUGGAGAUCGAGCAGGCCGAGCUGGGCGGGGCGAUGGAGCGGUUCCUGGAGAUGCACAUGUACAUUACCAGUGCGCUGCAGAAGACCGACAUGAAGGCGGUGGGGCUGCAGCUGGCGCUCGAUUUGCUGCACCAGAAGGAAAAGCGCGACCUGAUCACCGGCCUCAAGACGCGCACCAACGCCGGUCGGCCCAACUGGGACAAGGUGUUCAAGCAGAUCCAGGACCAGAAAAAGGGCAAGGUGACCGUGUUCUACUGCGGGCCGCCCCAGCUCGCCAAAACGCUACGCUACAAGUGCGACCAGUUUGGCUUCCAGUUCCGCAAGGAGGUCUUCUGAGCGUCGUUUUGUUUGUUAGUUUUGUGCGUUUUUUAUUUAUUUGAAAUUGUUUUUUUGUUUUUAAUUUUCUCUCUUGCUGUGUAAAUUAUUGUGACCUUGUGUUCGUUGAUCUAAUUGUAUGAUGUAAAUUGAUAUGUAUGUAACUGUAAUAAACACAAUUUAAUUUAUUGAUCUUUCCCUUAGCGUUGAACGAAUCUGCGAAGUUUAUGAUAUUGUAAUGAAUUAAAUACACAAAUGUGAACAUGUU